AGAGAUUGCGGGGGAUGCCUAAGAAAAGGGACAAAGGCGGAACAUUCUGCUUUCUCCAGCAAUAUGAUACCAACAACACAGUCCCAGACAAAACUAAAACCCUGCACAGCACACCACAAACAACGUUAAAAAAUAAGAAAAAGAAAAGUGAAAAAAAAAAAAAAUCUUUUCGUCAAAAUUCACUUUCUCUCUCUCUCUAAAAAGGUUCCCUCUGCAUUUUCUCUCUCUAAAACCUCACCCCCUAGUUGUGGUGCAGAUCUCAAGGGGGCAUUUGGGAUCUGAGGUGAGGUUUUGAUUGGGGAGGGGACAGAACAGUUCCUUUUUAGGGUUUUCUACAAUGGCCAUUCCCCUCUCCGCUGCUCAGGUUGGGACUUACUUUGUGGGGCAGUACUACCAUGUGCUCGAGACCAAGCCAGAGUUGGUGUACCAGUUCUACUCUGAUGCCAGCACCAUGCUACGCAUCGAUGCCAACGCCAGGGAAACUGCUACUGCAAUGCUGCAAAUCCAUGCGCUUGUUAUGUCGCUUGGAUUUAUGGGAAUUGAAAUCAAGACAGUGCAGUCUCUGGAAUCUUGGAGUGGUGGUGUUCUUGUGAUGGUUUCUGGUUCUGUGCAACUUAAGGACUACAAUUUGAGGAGGAAAUUUAUGCAGACAUUCUUUCUUGCACCCCAAGAAAAGGGUUUCUUUGUGCUCAAUGAUAUUUUUCACUUUGUUGAAGAGGAGUCGGUUCAUCAUCACCAAACAGUUUUUUUAGCACAGAGCAAUCUUGAUUCAAAAUUGAAUGCUCCUUCCACAAUUAAUAAACCUGUGUCCAACUACCUGUUGGGUGGAGAUAUACAGGCAAGGGAUUUUGUUGCCACAAAUGAGGUCAAAGAAAAUGGUUCAGUCAACAAUUAUGGAUUUUCAGAGCAACAAAUGCAGCAAGUCCAUGAUCAUGAACAUAUUCAGGAGGAUGUUGUUGCUGAAGAUUCACAUGGUUCACUUCAACCUACUGUGAAUGCUGUGCAAGACCAUAUGCCUUCUGCUGAAGAACCUCCUGAGGAGCCCCAAAAACAUACUUAUGCUUCCAUUUUACGGGUUGCUAAAGGACAAGCUACACCCUCUGUAGCUUCUCAACCAUCUCAGAAGAAUGUGUCUUCGUUGGAGUGGGAUCAUGCUCCACCAACUAGUAGUCAGCAAACAAUAGCAUUGACUAAUGCAUUUGAAAGGUCUGAAACUGAUGUGGUGGAGGAGGUUCCUACAACAGAAGAGGAAGGUUACGAUGAAAUUAAAUCUGUUUAUGUGAGAAACUUGUCACCUACUGUGUCUGCUUCUGAAAUUGAAGAGGAAUUCAAGAAUUUUGGUAGGAUACGGCCUGACGGUGUUGUCAUAAGAAGUCGCAAGGAUGUUGGAGUUUGCUAUGCAUUUGUUGAGUUUGAAGAUAUGACUGGCGUUCAUAAUGCAGUCAAGGCAGGAUCUGUUGAAGUAGCAGGAAGACAAGUAUACAUUGAGGAGCGGAGACCAAACAGUAACAUCCCUUCCCGAGGAGGAAGGAGGGGUAGAGGCAGGACUAGCUAUCAAACAGAAGCACCAAGAGGGCGUUUUGGUUCAAGAAGCUUUGGCAGAGGAAUUGGUCAAGAUGGAGGUGAACGGGACUAUAACAAACCUAAAGGAAAUGGUUUCUAUAGACCCAAUACUCGUCAAGAGAGGGGGUAUUCUGCGCAUCAAGUCCCAAGAAAUGGUCAGAAUUUUGCUGAAUCAACAUAAAAAUUUUACCAAGAGAAUCAAUUUUUUUUUAGUCCAGAUAUUUCAGCUCUAUAUAGUUUCAAUAGAUGUAAGAACCAAAUAUUGAUAUUUUUUCAAGUCUUAAAUUUGGGGAAUAUGAUUGUUAAUUUUUGUUUUUAUGUUAGGGGUUUCUUGUUUCAUUUAUUUCUUCAGGAAUUUUUAGUUGGCAAUGUGUUUGAAACAUUUGACUGUUGUUCUCACCAUUAUAUCUGGUUAUUUCAACAUCACUUCAGAGUUUGAUUACAUGAUAUUGGUGUAAUAAUUAUAUAUCGAUUCCAGGU